AUGUCGCAGACGCCGACUGCCGGGCCCGCCCCGCCCCCGCCCGAGGAGCCGCUGCCGUACCCCAUCACAUUCUCAACGCCAGCGGAGGAGAGUCCCCAGUCGGGGCCCGGGGCCGCCGUGGCAGCGGCCUCCUCCGGCCUGCACCACAUCUCAAUCUUCAGCGCACUGCACUGGCUUCUGCCGAUCUAUGAGCUCGCCGGGUGGCUCCCGAAGACGACUGGGCAGCGCAGCAGGCAGAGGGAGGAUAAGAGCAGUCCUAUCUCAGCCACACCCGGUGGCAGCAAGAGCACCUGCGGCACUGCAGCCGACGUGUCUGUCGACCUCAAAGCCAUUCCGCAUGAUGACGUCCGCGCCGCCUUGAGGCUGCUCCCCGUCUUCGAGAAGUUUUUUGUCGAGGGCAGCAAGAUCAUUCCCCAGCACACGGACCUGUACUACUUCAUCGAGUCCUUCACCCUGCCGACGCCGAAGGGACCUAAGGUAAUCACCCGCUCCAAGGUCGAGGGGGACUAUCGCGCCAUACACCAGCCCUCUCACGCCCCGACGUCUCUCGGCGCCGCAGGGGCCACGACGAAGACAACCGUCACGAACAGCACGGCGUACUUCUCUCUGCUGCCCGGCCACAACCAGUUUCUUCUAUACUACGAGGACUGCGAGAAGCUGCGGCAUUUUACGUACCUGCAGCUGGACCAGCUACGCUUUUCGUGGGUCGCCAUCAAGGAGCUGCUCGAGGAGAGCAAGGUGUUCAACCUCAACGAUGGCAGCCUCACGGGGUUGGCGAAGCGAGACCUCCAGAAGAACAACGCCGCAUCCCCGUUCUGCCUUGCCUCAUCCGCGCAAGCAGCCACAGCAACGGAGACCUCUGCGAGUAACGACAACGGCAGCAGUGGUGGCGCGGUCAUUGGCCGCGGCGGUGGCAACGCACGCCUGCACCAGGGCACAAGCGGCAACGUCAUCACCGCCCCUAGCAAGGAGGCGGCGGAGGCGAAGAAGCGCAUUCAGCAGAUGCGCUUCUUGCGCGAGGAGCUGGAGCAGGAGUGCCAACGGCGCUGGCCGUACACGCCAGUCUCGAAGAGCUGCAUCUUUAGCUUAGAGGAGAAGAUCGAGGUGGAGCUGCCGGCUGACGCGCUGGAGCAGCUCGGCAUUGUCGGUGCGCACAACACGACGAACAGCAAGAACGGCAACCGCCGAGGACCGCGCUACUACCUCGCCACCGUUGAGCUUCCUUUACUCAACAAGAAGGGUGGCGCUGCCCGCUUCAAGGCCCCGAGGUGGUGGAACAACCGGCGCGAUGCCGAGAGCGCCGCGGCAGAGGCGACGUUGCUGGCACUGCGCAGCAUGAAGUCUUAA